AGGAUCUUACAACUCCUGCUCCAUACACAUCGCGGAUGGGACACUCUGGAUCUGUACGACUCAGUUGAAACAAACAGUCUACUAUGUCAUUGCCGUCUCUGGCAUGUGACUAGAAGAGUGGCACAGCAACGACGUUCCUUGCGUGACUGUGCUGCGGGAAAGGAUGAAGGAUCCUGGUCUGAACUGACUUAUAGACAAUAUGAGUCAAUAGGACUAAGGAGGAGCCAGAGAUCAUUACUUUACUUCAGUUCUGUUCUGGACCACCUGGGGAGCAGGCUGACUGAGCAACAGAGGAGAGAGGCCAGUGGCACGUGUUGCAUGCAUGAGGAGACCAAAUGGCGCCACCAUGACACAGCCUGAAGGUGGCACCAGCAUGAGGAGACCAAAAUGUGGCAGAAUUACCAAGCCUGGAGGAGGGAGCAGCAAGAGGAGACCAUAUGGUGACAGAAUGACACAGCCUGGAGGUGGCAGCAGCCUGACGAGACCAAAGGGCCUCACAAUUGAAAAGAUUAAAGAUAUUUUUCUAAAUUUCAUGUGGCCAUGUUAACAUCCUCCGGAUACUUGAGGAAAAACUGCACUGCGAUUGGUUGCCAUUUCUUAUACUGCUGAGCCUUUCAUCAUCUUGAAGUACAGUAUCUAGCACCACUGUCAUAAUAAUGUCUUAUCUUCUCGGGCAAGGAAAAGACCAGUGUUGUAUUAGAAUGUGCAAUUUGCUAAGAUAAACAAAAGGUGGGCCUGGCAUCAGUCCCCGGCCAAAACAACUAUGUUGCCAUCAAAGGAAUCACCAAAACAGCGGACAAUGCAGCAACCCUACAGAGAGAGCAACGGAUACUCAUGCUGGCCCGAGACUGCCCGUUCCUGUGUCACCUGUAUGCUGCACAGCAGUCUCAGGACAAUGCCUUCUUCAUCACCGAGUAUCUGUCCGGCGGCAGCCUGGAGGCUUUGCUCAGAAUGUGCAGCAGUCUGAACACCGACACAGUAAGGUUUUACACAACUGAGAUUGCAUGUGGCCUCCAGUUCCUUCACAGACAGAACAUCGUCCACCGAGAUAUCAAGCCAGAUAACAUCAUGCUGGAUAAAGAUGGACACAUCCGCAUCAUAGAUCUCGGAGUUGCCCAAGAUGGCGUCACCUUCUCCAACAAGAUCCAAGGAGUGACGGGCACAUUACCUUACAUGGCCCCAGAGGUGCUCCAGAGGAAGAACUACUAUGCAGCAGUUGACUGGUGGAGCCUGGGGAUUGUUGUAUCCCGGAUGUCAGCAGGACGGUCCCCAUUCUACUUUGGCUGCAACAGAGAAAUGGCUCGCAAUUCCAUCACCAGAGAGAAGCCUAAUAUUCCAUCUUGGCUCCCUGCUGACCUGAAACAUCUGAUCAAGCAACUGCUGCGCAAGAAUCCUGAGAGGCGGCUUGGUGUGUACAGGAACAUCAGAGACCACCCAUUCUUCACCACCAUCAACUGGGAGGAACUGGAGCAGAGGAGAGCACAGCCACCAUUUACACCAUUCAAGGCAUCUCUGAAGAAGGAAAACCUGCCGUGGCCAGAGGUAGAGACAGCUCUUCACCCCUUGGAAGGAUUUUCUUUCAUAGCUCCAAGCUGGGAAUGGUAGGAUCAGCCCACGGCCCAGAGCUCUGUGCCAUCUCUACCAUCUGAGUGCUGCAGAUUUCCAUCAAGAUGUUACCCUGGAUCUUAGCUCUACAUCCAUCAAUAUCUGGCACCUUCUGAAGACCCUCUGAACCCAGGAGAGGCCUGUGCUCGUAACACCUCAGCACAGGCCGGUAAGUAUCACACAUCAUCACACAUACAUCACACACAUAUAGGUAGAUAGAAAUAUACACACAGGUACAUAUAUAGAUAGUAUAGACACAUACACACAGACACACACAACAGAUAGGGGUAGAUAUCGGCUUUGAUCCUGGGACUUGUUCCGAUCGUCAUAUUUGGGGUCAGGAAGGAAUUUUUCCCCUUUGAGGACAAUUGGCUUAUUCCUCAAGGGGUUUUUGCCUUCCUCGGGAUCAUCUCGGCCAUAAUUAGGAAACAUUCCCACAAAUAGCAAUGUAUAAAAAUAAAUAAUAAAAAUAGUAUAAUGUAUGAAGAUUUUAUAUAAAAUAAUACAUAUUAGUUUUCCAUAUUAGAUAGGUCAGGUACUGGCUUUUGAUCCUGGGACUUGUUCCGAUCGCCAUAUUAGGUAGGGGUCAGGAAGGAAUUUUCCCCCCUUACAUAAGGAUAAUUGGCUCUUUCCUCAAGGGGGUUUUCGCCUUCCUUUGGAUCAACACAGUAUAUAAUAAGGCUUUGCGUAUACAUUUAUAUUGCACACAUAGCAAAAUAAAACAUAACACACAUUUCUGAAAUUUGCAGUAUCCCCAGUAUCCCCCUACUAGAACUAAAAUAAAAUGUCAU